AUGGCUCUCAUAAGGCAGAAGAGGCUUCCACAGCUGCACCUCUCGCUGCCCGUCCCGUCGUCCACCCCCGGCCAGCGUCCCAAGCCAGCGUUCACGCCGGCGCCGGCACCAACGCUGAUAAAAGCUUCGACCCCAACGGCCUUGUCCAGCCAGUUCCGCCUAGCCGACUUCGACAAGCUGGCCGUGCUUGGCCGCGGGAACGGCGGCACCGUGUACAAGGUUCGGCAUCGUGAGACGUGUGCGCUCUACGCGCUCAAGGUCCAGCACUACGGCGACCCCGCUGCAGCCACGGAGGCCGAUAUCCUCAGCCGCACUGCCUCGCCUUUCAUCGUCCGGUGCCACUCUGUCCUCCCCGCCGCCGCCUCCGGCGACGUCGCUAUGCUUCUUGAGCUGGUGGAUGGUGGAUCUCUCGACUCUAUCAGAAGCCGCCAAGGCGCGUUCCCUGAGGCGGCGCUCGCAGAGGUAGCCGCGCAGGCUCUGUCAGGCUUGGCGUAUCUCCACGCUCGCCGCAUCGUGCACCUUGACAUCAAGCCGGCGAACCUCCUCGCCAGCACGGCCGGUGAGGUCAAGGUCGCCGACUUCGGCAUAGCGAAGGUCUUAUCCCGUGCCGGCGAGAAGUGCACGUCGUACGUCGGUACCACCGCGUACAUGAGCCCUGAGCGCUUCGACCCAGAGGCGCACGGCGGGAACUACGACCCAUGCGCUGCCGACGUCUGGAGCCUUGGCCUGACAAUCCUCGAGCUCUUCAUGGGCCGGUACCCGCUCCUCCCUGCCGGACAGCAGCUGAGCUGGGCGUCGCUCAUGUGCGCCGUCUGCUUCGGUGAGACACCUGCCUUGUCAGACGGCAUGGCGUCGUUGGAGCUUCAGGGGUUCGUCGCCGCGUGCCUGCAUAAGGACUACCGCAACAGGGCGAGCGUCACAGAGCUGCUUGCUCACCCAUUCAUCGCCGGGAGGGACGUGGCAUCGUCGAGAUGCGCGCUCCGGAAGCUGGUCAGCCAGGCUUCGGCGCCACCCUCGGCGCUGUGA